AUGUUGUGAAAUUUGUGUGGGAGCUAUGAAGCGACGUCGUUUCUUCCAUCAGCCACUUUCCUUGUUUUCCGUAAAGACUUUUGUUGGUCGGAAAUUCAAUCCUAAACCCUUCAAAAUUCUCUCAGAAAACUAAACAUAUUCAUCAAUUACUUAAAAAAACAGGCAAAGGUAAGCAAACCCAUAUAGCAAAACAAAUAAAUUUUCCUUCUUUUAGUCUUUUCUUUGUACAUUCAAUUCUUUCCUUUAUUUUUUUUGUAUGGGAAAAUCGCCGCCCAGUAUAAACAAGCUCCACAAUCUUGCAAAGGCCACAGCACACCACCUCAACAACACUGGGAAAAGCCCAAAACCCAACUCCGAGAAUUGGCCAACAAGCGGUGACAAGUUGAAGAAGAAGAUGGAGAGCAGCAGCGAUAUGGAUGUUACCAAUCAUCGGGUGCCGCUAUCCGAUGUUGUAUCCGAUUGUGUGAAGCGCUGGUUCAAGGAUGCGCUUAAGGAAGCCAAGGCUGGGGAUAUCAACAUGCAGGUCUUGGUGGCUCAGAUGUAUCAUAACGGUUAUGGGGUUCCCAGAGAUGAGCAAAAGGGAAAGUUUUGGAUGACUAGAGCAUCAAGGAUGCGAUCUUCAGUUUGGAAAGUUAGCUAUAAGCGUCCAGGUUACAAUGCAAGUGAUUCAGAUUCAGAUGAAUUGAAUGGUGAUUCUUAAAGUGGCUUAAUUAGCAUUCAUGUGGUACAAUCAAAAUUGUCUGCGAGGUGCGCUGCCCAUGUUGUCAUACUGGAUGUUCCUGUAACAAUCUUUUUUAUUUUUUAUUUCUUUCUUUUUUUAGCUUUUGAUUGAUUAAGUUCUUUUUUCCUUUACGACCUUACUCGAACAUGAUCUGUUCUAUGGACUCGUACGUCUGUGUCCUUGAAUUCUAAGUUCAUUUUUUCUUUCAGUAAAUACUUCUAACUGUUACUGACAGUGUAAUGCGGCUUUAUGAUCUUAUUUUUAUAUCAUUGUUGUAUGGUAAGAUUAAUUGGUGAUCUUUUCAUUGGUUGAAAACAAAGGGAGUCUGUAUGA